GUGUCGCUCCUCAGUCAGCAGGGGGCGCCGGUGCGCUUCCGGCUCAGCAGCGCUGCAGUGAGACGCGGCGACGAAGCGCAGCGCGGAGGCUUCAUCAGGAGGAGACGCUAACAGUCCGCUCUUCCACCGGAACAACGACCAAUCUCUGUGCUGACCUGAAACAUCAGACAUGUCUACGGAGCCCAACUACCGCCGGACUAAACCCGGAAUGAAAGCCAGCGUCCCUAAUUCAAACGGUGCCGCCGGUCCCGCAUCGCAGAUUCCUGGUCUGUCCCAGAGUGCUGACACGGCACCGGUGGAGAAAAGCAAGGGCAGGCGAGUCGGAAUUCAGGCCACCGACUCGGACUACGUCAAACUCGCCAAGCAAGGAGGCCACAAGGGUUUGUUGUCCCAUGACGCUGAGGACACCAGCACCAAAUCCAUGACGUCCCAACCCUCUGAUUCUUCCUCUGGUGAUGAUCAAAGCCAGAGUAAAGUGUCCUCUCAGAAGCUGGUGGCCCCGUUUGGGACUGAUGAUUGUUCUGCAUGGGACAAUGACUCUGGUGCUGGCAAAAACAAGAAGUCACCGGUCGGCCAAGCCACUCAGGAGAUGCAGAAACUCUUGCUGAGCCCGAAGGAGAUCGAGGAGGCCAACAAGUACAAAGAUUGUAGGUCACAUGAUAAGAAGGCAAUUGCUCCAGUGGACAUGUCCAAGCUGUUGAGCUUUGGGUACAUGGAGGAGGAAAAGAAGUCUCCUGACGAUGACGCCUCAAGUAUGAUGUCAGAGCAGGUGAGCACCGUCGCCCCGGAGGAAGAGUUGGAGUAAAAGCGUAGAAAUGACACGGAAGCUUCCCUUGGGGCCGUGCAAGUUUCCAGCCCACCAUCCUUCUUCCGUUCUUCACCCUAUUUAUGCAAAUUUCCUUUAGUCGUCGUUCUCUUUUAAAAUCGUUCGUGUCACGCUUACAUAUCUAAUGGUGCUUGUGAUCCUUGAAAUGAAAUUUAAAACUAAGUGCUAUUUGUAAACCUUAAUAAGAAUCACUCGAAACUCGCAGCACAACGUGAAGCCUUCUAGGUACCGACGCAGCUUUUGGUCCAAAACACAGAAGCUUUUCAUUUUAAAUACAUUUUACUCACUUGCAAUAUGCCAAGUUAUUUAUUUACUUCUAUUUUAUUUUAUUUUUGGUUCAGCUGAAAAGAAACCCAUGACCAACUCAUUGCCAAGCUGCAGCCACCGAAAGACCAGACGUUUAUCCGCCACAUAUCUGCAGACGUGUGCCAAGUCCUCGUCACUGUCACGACAACACUACAAGACGAAACCUGUUUGUGUUCAGAGCUUUCUAAAGGGUUUCAGGGAGCUUGCGAUCGUGA